AUGCAUAGCAGCAUAUUCCAGGAUCUCCAAACAACCAUGUCAAAGCAGCCAAGCACAACAUUGUGUCAACAUCCAAAGGCGCUUUGGUUCUUUGUGGUUGCUUUGGGAUUGGGCCAGACUCCAGAACAGAGGGUUAGAGCUACUGCUGCCCUCCGAAAAAGAUCCAAUCACCACGCACAGCGAAACACCCCAAACUUGGAUGCGCCCAUCGCUCCAGACCAGAGACUAAUACUAAUGUCAGCCAACAACAACAAACGAGGCGACUCUCGGUCGUUGCUGACCAUUGUGGUGGAUGUUUCCCCCAUUGCGUGGGGAGAACGAGACCUGCGACGAUCGGCGAGUGACCGACAACGGUUAGCUCAGGGGAAACGCAGCGUCGGACCUGCCACUCUCGAAGAAGUCCUCCGAGCCGUGCAAGCAUUUGCGACAGCCUUUGCUAGUCUGGAACGAACUUCGGGGCUCUUGAUUGUGGCAGUGGCACACAAUGAAACGGCAGUGGUAUUUCCUCGCAAGGAUCAUUUGGCACGAUACUUUAGCAGUCCGGAAACCAAUGCGUGUUAUGAUUUACGAACCAUUCAUGUGGAUCUACUCGAAGGAGUUUCCCAAUUGGUUGCCAUGGCCACCAGUAAAGUCAAUGCGGCUGUUGCCAGGACCAAAAUGGCGCAAAAAGGAGGAGAAGCAUCAUCGCCACCACGACCCACAUCGGAAGCGGCCAUGGCGGCGGCAUUUUCCACGGCAUUGUGCUGCAUUAAUCGAUUCUUGGUAGCGACCAAAACGGGUCAAGGAGUCUCUGCAGUUCGGAGCGAACACAUGAUGGCACAAGGGAAUGAUGGAGGUGUGUUGGCCAUGAUUGGUGGUGGAGUCGGCAGUGGUGGAGACAAGAAAAAGAACAAAAAAGCCAAUGACUGGUCCCCUCGAAUCUUGCUCAUUCAAGCCACAGAUGAUCGAUCACGGGAUUACAACGCCUUUAUGAAUUGCGCAUUUGCGGCUGUCAAACACAAUGUCAUGGUGGAUGGCUGCUUUAUCCCCUGUGGAUCCAAAGGAUCCUCCACCAGCAGUGCCUUUUUAGAACAAGCCAGUGAUUUGACGGGAGGGGUAUUCUUGGCUCCCAGUGGGGCAGCUCAGGUGGGAGGAGCCUUGACCGAGGUACUCAUGAGUGUUUUCUUGGCCCCACGGUCCUGUCGAUCCGCACUCAAUCUACCAGCCCUUAACAAGGUGGAUUUUCGGGCACGGUGCUUUGAAACUGGCGAUAUUGUGGAUAUGGCAUUUGUCUGCAGCCAAUGUCUCAGUAUCUUCAAAAAGAAACCCAAAGAAAUCUGUCCGACAUGUCAAGCAAACAUCAAGGUAUCCAAAAAACAAGCCACUGGCAACAAAGGAUUGUGA